UAAACAUUAAACUUUUAUCAAGAAGAAUACAUUUUAUUGUUUAUUAAAAAACGUUUCUUAACUUGUAAAUCGGUGCAUUUAUAUAAUAAAAUUCUAAAUUAGAAAAAAGUGCAAAAUAAAUUGACGUAAAUCGUGAGAUUUUUGUUUUCUAAAUUUUAAUACACUUGUGUGCGGGACGAGAGAAAGGUUGCAUUGUUACCCGAAUUCCUCUACAGUAACAUCCAAUAUUUUUCAUUUCAAUAUUCUGGCAUAUUCUCUCUCUCACUACAAUCUUAUAUUUCCCCUUACCUCUUGGUGAUCAAGUCAAGUCUUGUUACUCGCAUUCUUUCCAGUGCUUUCGCAGAAGUAGGUUGUGUGUCUGUUGUGUGUCAUAUUAAAGUGAAAUUCCUUUGGAUUAUUGAAAAAGUUUGGCUUCGUAAAUCCAGUAAAAAUCUUUGUUUUAAAAUUCAAAAGCGAUUUGAAUUUUGAUUUGGUUGUAAAAAUUCUCAAUUGCGGCACUUCUGUCCUAAAAAUGGACGAAGUUGUCGUAAAUUUGAAGGCUUGCCUUAUUACCACAAAAGGAGGCAUAAGCAUCAAUCGGCUUAACAAAGACUACAUGGAUGUAGUUGGGGAGCGAAUCCCGUAUAGGAGAUUAAAUUAUGCCAGCCUCGAAGAUUUCGUUAAUGAUAUUCCUGGUUUGAAAAAAUCGAAUAGAGGAGGUGAAUUAUUUAUUGAGGCAAUACCUACUGCAAAAACUGCUCAUAUUCAUGCCCUUGUUCAGGGACAAAAGAACUCGAAGAAAUCACGAAAGAGAGUGGCGACUUCGUACAAUCGAGCUAGACCAACUUUUUCAAAUUCAAGAAAUUCAUGUCAACAACGAGUUAGCAGGCCUCCUUAUUCAACUCAAAGUUCGAGAACUCCAAGUUACGCUAAGAAGAAUAAUGAUGUUUUUCACGGAACGAGACCCACGACGCAAUCGGACACUGACACACGAGGCUUGAAAUUGAGAGAAGUUGGGUUUGAAAGGCCAAAAAGUAAUUUGCAAGAUAGACUUAUUAAUCAACCAAAGAGUAAUGAGACUGCGAAUGUUCGAGUAAAUUCACCUUCAAUGAAAACACUUCUAAACGAUGUUAAUUCUUCAACAUCGACAACACAUAUAAAUGAAACACGCCCAUCCAUAUCGAUGGCAAAUGGAUCGACAAUGUUUAGUAUACCAAUUCGAAGGAAUUUCGAAAAUAGGGAAAACGAGGAUUUAAAUGUCAUACGGCUAAAGGCCAAUUCGAUGGUUCCGUUCGACGAAUUUAACCAAAAGAAAACACCGGAAGAAGAACUUAGAUUACUUGCUCUAAGUCUGAAUGACACGGCUCCCGUGUAUAAGAUUUCGAAAGCAAAACACAGAAGUUUCUUUGCAUCGGUCACAGUGGGCAAAAAUAAUUUCUCGUGCUAUCCAGAUAGUGGUAAAACAGAAGAAGAAGCCAAAAGUAUGGCUAUUGCUAAAGCAUUACAAGAAUUAAAAAAAAAAGAAGAAACUUGCUCUUUACCCACGACGAAAGAUACAAAACUGAUAGAAGAAAGAAUAUUAAAAAUAAUCGACACUCAUUCCACUGGAGUAUUUACAACGCAACUGUUGAAAUACUACAUGGAGGAGUACAAAGAAUUAUUACCGCAAAAUGUGUGUAAAAUAAUUAAUUCUUGUGAAUUUAUUAAGGAAGAGAAAGGAGCGAAUGAUACGACUAUUCUCACUCGAUUUGUUCCAACAACAGAAGAGAAAGAGAGCGAGGAAUUAGCUCCAUUGUCUCCGUUUAAUAAAUUGAGAAUAAGUUCAAGUGAUGGACAACUUUCGAGCAGUUUAACUAUUCCUGAAGAUAAAUAUUGGGUAACGCAUGUGACAUUUGUUUAUUCAACGAGCGAAAUAAUGGUCCAAAUCGUUGGUGAAGAGUACAGUGAAAGAUUCGAAAAAAUGUCCACAGAAAUGAAUGAAUUUUAUUUAAAAAAUCUCAAGACAACAAAGGUGACAGCAUUCGAAGAAGAUGUGCUCUAUGCAUAUUUUUCUCAACAAGAGAGAAAAUGGUAUCGCGUUCGAUGUCUUGAUGUAAAUAUGGAUCUACAGAAGGCCUUAGUUGAUUUCAUUGAUUUUGGCGACGACGAAGUUUGUGACUUGAGCAUGUUGUACAAAUUGGACAAACAAUUUUGUGUUCUUCCAGCGCAGGCUCUUUGCUUAUCGCUGAAUGAAUUGGAGAUAUUCUCUUUGAACGAAAUAGAAGAGAUUUUUGACAGUGAAAGAGCAAAGACAAUAAUCGCAAAUCAUCUUAUGGAUGCGGAGUUUUACGUGGAAGUGAAGUAUAUUGACGAUGGAACGCCAUCAGUUGUUUUCUAUGACACUCGAGGUGAAACAGACGUAAAUUUAAAUAGAGUGAUGGCUACUGAAAUCGUCGAAACUUGCAUGAAACGUCCAAAAUUGAAAACGGCGAGUCUUCACGAAGUUUACGUCUCGCAUGUCAGUGAAGCUGGCGAAGUAUUUAUUCAAUUCAAAGACAACAGUAUGUUCUAUCUGGUCGAAUUGAUGAAUAAAGUCAUUGAGAAGCUGAGUGACAAUUAUAGUCAGUACGCAGUGAAAAAAUUGGAUGUAACGAAACUUUACAUUGCCAAAUCGAACGAUGAACAUUGGUAUAGAGUUAGAAUUUCUUCAAUUGUCGAUUAUUCGAAAGAAGAAAUAAGCGUUUUAUGUGUUGAUUUUGGAAAAACUAUGACAGUUAAGAUUACGGACUUGGUCAAUUUGGAUGUGCUUUCUGAUGUUUUGUGCAUAUACCCAGUUCAAGCAGUCAAGGUGCAACUUUCUAGUUUGUUAACGCUCGACACUGAAAAACUAGAGAGAUUGAGGAAGCUAACACCUCCAGGUCAACUUUUGAUCAUGAAGGUCGUUCAAUUGGGCCUCAGUCAUUCACCGAUGCCGAUCGUUGAAUUAUUUAAACGACAAGAGCCAAAUAAUGAGAUUGUUUCAAUUAACAACACCCUUCUCCUAGAUGCCGUACUAAAGAAAUGCAAUGGUGACAGCAAUAACAAUGUGAGAGAGCGAAAACGCAGUGAGAGAACGGUGUCUAGACACGGAUCUUCAUCAGAUCAAGGCAAUGUGAAGAAUAAGAGAAUUCUUCGUCAACCGGAAAUUCCGAAAGUUGAUAGUCAAUUUGAUAUCCAUGUGGUAAUGGUCUGCAAUCCGGGGAAUUUCAUCAUACAGCCGUAUGAGUCUAAAAAGAAACUUCAGGCAGUGAAUGAACAAUUAUUCAAAGAAUGUAAUAAUUAUUCCGGUGAACCAUUAACAAUGGACAAUGUUCAUGAAGAUUCAUUGUAUUGCGUUCGACAUUCCGAUAAUUUUUGGUAUCGUGUUUGCGUUCUAAACAAACUAAUGGCUCAAAAUAUGGUCACUGUUUAUUUUGUUGACUAUGGAGAAGUCACUUUAGUCAAUUUAAAGAAUCUGCGGCCGCUUCCCACAAAAUUCCUUGACUUACCAUAUCAAGCAAUCAGAGCGAAACUGGCAGACGUGAAGCCAGCCAACGUCGAUUGGUCUCCAGAAGACAGCGUGAGGUUCAAGGAUCUGAUUGAGGGAAAAGAUUUCGUAUCGACAAUUAAAAAUAUUAAAAAAGACGGCGAAGAAUUAGUGCUCUCAUUGGCACUCAUUGACGUUUCGAAGGAAUAUAACGUCAACAUAGACGAAAUUUUGAUAAAAGAAGGACGAGCAAAGAGUGUCCUCUUUUCUCGUUCCUCUUCAGAAUCAUUUCUCAACUCUAGUUUAACAAAAUAAAUAUUAAAAUACGUAACAAUCGAUUUAAUACAGUCGAUUUCAUGACUUGAAGUGAAUCUAGUUAAACAAAUGUUUUUUCUCAUAAUUCUCGCAUAAAAAAAAACGGUGAGUGAUUAUUAAAAGCCAAAAAAAGAAAUUUCGUGAAAAAAGACAGAAAGAGAAAAAAUAUUUUUUUUGUAAACUGACAUAUUGCAAACGUCAUGAAUUUUUUUUAUUGUGACUAAUAAUAACUAAAGGACUAAAUUUUCUUCCGUUUUUGGAAAUUUAGUGGAAGUUUAUGUAUUUUUCAUGAUUUGAAGACUUUAUAUAGUCUUUAAAAGACUUGAUAGUAUUUAAAUAGUUGAAAUGAAAGGCGGUGCCUAAAGUAUUUUUUUUUUCCUUUUAGAAAAUCUAAUUUCUAUAAUAUUGUGUUAAAAAAACGUUAACAUUUUAUAUUUUAUUUGAACAGAAGAUAACGAUAAGUUUAAUUCUUGCGAAAGAAAGCACUUAUAUGUUAAUUCUACACACAAACAGACACAGAAAUACGUUUAUUUUUUACGUAAGUGCCAAUAAAUUAAUUAUUUCCUAA